ACAGUGGAAUGUCCCCUUCGAUUGGUGUACUUACAAGCAAUUUUCACCAAUUGCUGAUUCUUUCAUUUAAAAGUACAUGUAGGUUUCCCACCUUCCUGGCAGACAGGGCAAUGCUAUGUGUGGCUUCACUACCGAUCAUUCUACAUCAGUGAAGAAAAUAUUUGAAAGAGGAUGUUACAGGAACUUCCCUAUCUAAUAAGUGAUGUCAAACCCAUCAGCAUAUAUAAAUGACACUCAACAGCAGAAGCGAGGACAUACAUAGAAAGAUUCAGAGAGGAACAUCAGGACUAGGUAAGUUCAAAUUUUUUUUACCUAAAAUCUAUCCUGGAAAGAUGAAGAAUUUUACAAUGAUCCAUCCAUUCUCUAAUGCUACUCUUAAAGAAGAGACCACAAUCCCCUGGUCUUACUAUAAAUCUACCCUUUAUGUCAAUUCAGAAGAGGACAAAAGACUGUUACGUAUAAAAUUCCAUCUUCGUGUGUUCUCACUGGUGAUCUAUUCUUUGGCUUUCCUACUAGGGACCACCGGGAAUGGUCUGGUCAUCUAUUUUACCGCCUUUGUAAUGAAACGGACUGUCAAUGUUGUGUGGUUCCUUAAUUUAGCCAUAGCUGAUUUUAUCUUCACGUUUUUCCUGCCGUUGAGCAUUACCUAUGCCUCUCUUAACUAUCACUGGCCUUUUGGAAAAUUCAUGUGCAAGCUGAAUAGCACUAUUCUAUUCAUCAAUCUGUACGCCAGCAUCUUCCUGCUCACCAUGAUCAGCAUUGAUCGAUUCAUCUCCGUUGUGUUUCCUGUUUGGUCUCAGAAUCACCGAACUCCGAAGUUGGCCUCUUUUGUAGCCGUGGCAGUAUGGAUCCUAGCAUUCAUUUUCAGUUUACCUUAUUUUAUAUUCCGAGAUAUAAACGAUGCUAAAAAAGAUCAUAUCUCCUGCUAUAACAACUUUAGUGAGGAUGAUAAAGUUGCCUAUGCAAGGCACAAGGCUACACUAAUCGUUCGAUUUAUCGUCAGCUUUUUUAUUCCUUUUAUCAUAAUCAUCUCAUGCUAUUCAGUAAUUCUUUUGCGUAUCCAAAGAAAUCGAAUGACCACAUCAAACAAGCCUUUCAAAGUUGCCCUAGCUGUUAUCUUGUGCUUCUUUGUCUGCUGGUUUCCCUACCAUGUAUUCUCCUUUUUGGAGUUGUCUGCAAAUCAUGUUCAAAAUAAGCACCUUAAGUACAUAACUUCUGUUGGAAUACCUAUUGCCUCCAGUUUGGCCUUUAUAAACAGUUGUAUCAACCCCAUUCUUUAUGUCUUUAUGGGUCGAGAUUUCAAACAGAAAUUCCAUAGCUCCCUCCGGUCAAUAUUUGAGAGAGCCUUCUCUGAGGAAUCUGCCCCUAUAGACUCCAAGAUUAAAACCAAAUUAACGUCAAAUUCCCAGCUGGUGUGAGACGAGACUAUAUUUAUGGAACAAUACAUACUAUGGAGGCUUUGAGGUGUUUUUUAGGAUAUGUUUGUGCUAUAAUAUUGUUCCCAAGGCUUUGUUAUCUCCAGCAGAUAAUUUUAUGACGUUUGUCAAAUACUAAAACUGCCACUUGCUGAAGAAGAUUAUAUCCUGUCUCGGAAUUCCAGAACUACCAUUUACUUCCAUACCACCCUAAUUAAAAACAGCCAACAAACUGAGAUUACAAGGACAAAUACAUACUUUUAUGCAUGCCAAUUUCUAAGAGAAGAUGUUAGGAGCUGAAUCCAGGCAAACAGAUAACAUACGUAUAAGGGAGCAGACUAAGGCCUCGUACACACGACCGGUUUUCCUGGCAGUAAAACUCGUCGUAGUCUUUGACGUCACCGCGUUCUUGCCAUUCAAAAGAACAGCGGGUCUUUUGUGUGGCCGUGUGUAUACAUGGCUUUUCAAGGCAAACUUGGCGGGAAUCCUGUCGGGAAAACCAACGGUUUUCAAACAGAUGGGAUUCCCGGUGAGGUGUACAGGGCUUUAGAGGUCUUGUCCCUACCCAACCUUGUGACCGGACAGUGAACAGAGAAGCAGUAAACUGAUGAGUUUACCUCUCUGUGGCCCCGUACACACGUCCGAGGAACUCGACGGGCAAAACUCAUCGUUUUGCUCGUCGAGUUCUGUGUGAAG